CUGGGUUCAUGACCUGAGCUGAAGGCAGAUGCUUAACUGGCUGAGCCACCCAGGCGCCCCUUGUCCUUUUCCUUUCUGUAUUCCUACCCACCAGGCGGGACAUCUCUGCCUGACGCCUCCCUGUAUGUUUGCUGCACAUCAGAGUUACCCCUCCCACUCUACAUGUUUUAGCUGUCUCCUGCCAAGCAAGGCCCCACCCAGAUGGCACUGUUCUGAGCUGCUUGUGUCCUUCAAGAUUGCAGACGAAUCAUUCAGUUUUGUUUCACCUAAAUGGCAUCUUGAUUCAUAUACUCUGCUUUCCCAGUAAACCAUACAAAGAGCUCAGAAAAAGCCACUGUGGUAGGCAGGACAACACCCCCCACCUUCCCCGAAAGAUGCGCCUGUCCUGGUCCCUAGAACCUGUGAAUAUGUUACUUCCCACACCAGAAGGGACUAGGAGGUAUAAUGGAUCUCGAUGUGGGAGAUGAUCCUGGGUUAUUUACGGUGGGCCCAACGUAAUCAGUGUGUUUGUACAGAAGAGGCAGGAGGGGCAGAGUCUGAUGUUCACUGUUGGCUCUGAAAAUGGAAGAUAGGGCCAUGAGACAAGGAAAGUAGGUGGCAUCUAGAAGCUGGAAAAGGCGAGCAAACAGAUCCUGCCUCUGGGCCUCCAGAAGGAAGCAGCACUGUCGAAACCUUGCUUUGGGACUUCUGUCCAGACCUGUGAGCUAAUAAAUUUGCAUUGCUUUAAGCCCCCAAAUUUGUGGUAGUUUGUUAUGGCAGCAAUAGGAAACUAACAGCCACAGUGAAUUUGGAAAGUAAUAGCAGGCAUCAGGCCUUCUCGGUGUUGGUUGUUGCUGGAAUGAUCAGGGCCCCCAAGUUCAGCUGUUUACAUUUACAUUUAUCAUACCCAUUUUGUAGAUGAGGCUGCCAGACCUGAGAGAACCAACGUUGCUUGGUAGAAGUGGGGAGGGGCAGACCUGGUGUUCAGCCCUGCUGUCAGAUGAGCCCCAUCUCUCACCUCCCAGAAGUCUUGGCUAAUGGCAGAUCCUACAGCCAGGACACUCUGUUGGGGGCUGGCCCCAGGAUGGAGUCUCAGGCCCAGAACUCCAGGCAGAGGCAUCCCCAAGGCAGAUCUCCAGGGAGCCGACAGGGGCCAAGAGGAGAGGCCCAACAUGGAGCUGAGGCCCCUGGCAGAGAACCCAGCCAAGAGACACCCACCUCAGGAGGGAGACCUACAUGGAGGGACAGCAGGCGGCAAGACGGCUCCCCAAGGCAGGGGCUCCUGGAGCUGUAGCCUUGGUGUGAGCCCCAGUCCAGGGACCCGCCAGCAUGCAGGAGCAGGACCCCUGGUACAAGAGCCAUGUGGUCUCACCUCCUCUCAGGACCCUGACCUAGUCACUCCCCAGGGGCCACAUGCUGGGGAGGGCCCCUAUUGGUGCCCAGUUGGUACCAGGGCCUCCAGCCAUAAGUGCUGCCUGGCGCAGCAUCACAGAACACUCCCUGAGAAGUCCCCGGUGUGUGACCACUGUGGGGGCCAGGUGUUGUGCUGGUGCUGCCCCCGGACCCAGCUGUGUGAGGUCCACACAGAGGAUGGGUCACAGGAACAGUGCACAGGCACCCAGACCUUCCCAAAGACCCUGCAAGUGAUCCUCCUUCCGCAGAGCUUGGAGGAGCUGCCCCAGGCCUGCAGUUGCAGCGAGGACUUUCCCCGGAGGGCCCUGCUGGCCCCGCAGGUGAUGACGCAGAUGGAAAAGGAGCCCCUCCCGUGCGCCCGGUGUGGAAAGCGCUUUGGCUCCAACAAGCAGCCGCAGAUGGCCGAGGGCCCGUUAAUGUGUCCUCAGUGCGGGCCGGCCUCGGGUCCCGGCUGCGGUGCCCCUGACCCCCCGGCGCAGCGGCUCUACGUCUGUGACCAGUGCAGCAAGGCCUUCACACGCACCUCGAGCCUGCUGCAGCACGAGCGCAUCCACACUGGCGAGCGACCCUAUGAGUGCGCGGAGUGUGGCAAGGCCUUUGUGCGCUGCUCCGGCCUCUACCGCCACCGGAAGACACACUCGGCCGAGCGCCACCGCCACCGCCUGGCCCUGGCCCGGAGGUCAUUCCUUUUGGGGUGCCCGCCCUGUGGUGACUGUGGCAAGGUGACCCAGGGACCUCCACGGGUGCCCGUUGCCGGGGAGAAGCCCUACGCAUGCCCCGAGUGCGGCAAGGCCUUCAACCAGCGCUCGAACCUGAGUCGGCAUCAGCGCACGCACAGCAGUGCCAAGCCCUACGCCUGCCCGCUGUGCGAGAAAGCCUUCAAGGGCCGCUCGGGCCUGGUGCAGCACCAGCGCGCGCACACCGGCGAGCGGCCCUACGGCUGCCCCGAGUGCAGCAAGACCUUCCGCGGCUGCUCCGAGCUGCGCCAGCACGAGCGCCUGCACUCGGGCGAGAAGCCCUACAUCUGCCGGGACUGCGGUAAGGCCUUCGUGCGCAACUGCAGUCUGGUGCGCCACUGCAGUCUGGUGCGCCACCAGCGCACGCACACGGGAGAGCGGCCGUACGCGUGCGCAGAGUGCGGCCGCGCCUUCAGCCAGCGCUCCAACCUCAACGAGCAUCAGAAGCGGCACGCGGGCCGCGCGGCCUCGUGACCGCGCGCGCCCCCGGGCGGCGGGCGCUAUUCUCCCCGAAACCGGCAAACGGCUGUAGUCCUUAAUUAAACCUCACUUGGUCAUCGCUGCGGCCGCAGGCUUCCCCAGCUCAACUUUUUUUUUUUUUUUAAAGAUUUUAUUUAUUUAUUCGACAGAGAUAGAGACAGCCAGUGAGAGAGGGAACACAAGCAGGGGGAGUGGGAGAGGAAGAAGCAGGCUCACAGCAGAGGAGCCUGAUGUGGGGCUCGAUCCCAUAACGCCGGGAUCACGCCCUGAGCCGAAGGCAGACGCCCAACCGCUGUGCCACCCAGGCGCCCCAUCCCAGCUCAACUUUUAUUGGACCCUUUCCAGCGGGCGCGUAGUAAUGGGUUCUAGCAAAGCGCUAAUAAACACGGGAAUGGAGCACCUGUGUGACCCAGAUGCUGCGUGGGCUAUUGGGAGUCUUGCUCCGCCUCCCUCGGUGCGCUGGAAAGUGGCGCGGGUGAGGGGUGACUCCCCGGGGGCACAGGCAGAAAAUGAUGGAGGUAACAUUUGAAUCCAGGGCCUCUCAUUGCACCUUCCUAGGGGGUUUCUUCGGCCCUUGGUAGCCUCGGGGUGUUUGCACAACCAUUAGUGUGGUUCGACCCCGCCUCCUCCCUUCGGUCUUUGAGAUUUCUCCUCUGGCCUCCCUGGGCCUCCGGAGAGGGGCUCUGCAUACCUUGUGACCCUCCCAGGGCCGAUGGCCACGGGCUUCGUGCGCAGGGCCUCUGCCUGCGCUCCUCCCCCCACCACCACCCCCCGUGGCUCCUAGUCACUACGCAGAGGGCUCCCCUCGGAAGGAGGGAUUCCCUGGCAGCCUUGGUCUGGUUUGCUAUUGGCAGAUGGGGGCCUCAUCCUGUUAUAUCGAGGCAAGGUGGUCCAGCCAGUGAUCCUCUUCUGUCAGAGGACUCCGGGCUGGAUGCCAUCUUCUGCUGCAUGGGAGGAAUCAAAGAGUGCCGUGGCCGCCGUAUAGGUGGGAGUCCACCAGAGGCCUGGAGCAAGCAGCAUGUUUCUUUCAUAGCAGCAUAUAUAGUUAUGUAUGAAUAUGAUUCCAGUUUCCUCCCCACUCCAUCCUCCACGCUAAUUCCAAAGUGACACUCCCACGGCUCUCCACUUUGGGUGCGCUUACUACAUGCCAGGCACUGUGCUGGGCACUCUACCUUUAAUCACCCCAUUUGAUCCUUGCCCUAACUGGGAGAGGAGGGACAACUCUCACUCCAUAUCAGAGAGCCCCAGAGAGGCCACGUGCCCCAGCCAGAGCUGCCUGAAGGGAGGGCAGAGCUGAGCUCAUCAUCCGUAGCCUUUCGAUCCGGCAGCAAAUUCCUUGCAAAUCACCCUUCACUUUGUGUCUCUAGGAUCUCCCGUCCACCUUGGGAAGGGGAAGACGCACAGGCCCCGUGGGUUAAGGAAGAUUUUGGCUCUCCAUUCCCAGGCCCAGCUUGCACGCAGGGCACUAUUAAAGCCCCUUAUUGUGUGCCUGGCCCAGGGCUGGGCACUUUACAUCUGCUGCACUCUGCAGUGCUCGAGAUACAGUGGACAUGGGUGCCAUCCCACAUCCCAGAUGUAGGAGGGAUGGGCACUGCAUCUGCUUCAUCUGCCCUUGCCAAGUUCACAGCAGGAAAAGCCCCUCCUGAGGUCGGGAGUCGGGGUAGGUAGGAAGUGCUCAAAGCUCUCAAGCAGCCACAGAGAGGGGGCAGCCCAGAAACCAGCCUCAGCAGCCCCAAGGAAGCCCACCCUGAAACAGACUUACCGUAUAGUAUCCUCCACCCUCAACACCCCCCUGACACACACACACAAGCCCAGGUCCUGGUGAAUCCAGGAUCCACUCACCGAUGGCUUAAAUCCUCCUGCUCUGCAGUCUCCAUCCUUCUUUUAAAGAUUUUUUUUUUUAAUUUAUUUGACAGAGACAGAGACAGCCAGCGAGAGAGGGAACACAAGCAGGGGGAGCGGGAGAGGAAGAAGCAGGCUCACAGCGGAGGAGCCUGAUGUGGGGCUCGAUCCCAUAACGCCAGGAUCACGCCCUGAGCCGAAGGCAAACGCUUAACCGCUAUGCCACCCAGGCGCCCCUCCAUCCUUCCUGAGGGAGGCCCAGCCCACUGUGUCGUCCAGCCAGGUAGUCUCCUUGAAGCCCUCCCCGGUCUUGAGGUGAGGGAGAACAGUCCCUGUCCUGCCCCCACAGGGUAGGACCCAGUCACUCAGUACUCUUUCCACAGAAAUCCCCUGAGGCGCAGCUCUCCUGGCCACUUAACAUUCCACCCUGGGAUGGGGCAAAAAGUUGCAAAGUUGAUGUUCACUAACGUCUUUGCAAGUCCUGCAGAAAUGAAAACACAUGCCCCUAAUGUUCUAUUCUCAGUAUUUCGGGGGUCCAUUUUAACUUCUUUUAUACUAGUAAACAUGAGCGAAGUUUUGCUGGACAGAUACCCUGGGUAGUAGAAGGAAGACUGCUGCCACCCAUAGGAGAGCUCAUUCCAGAAAGCAGAGAGCAGUGUCAUGGGGCAAGUAUGGAAGGCCAUUCAGGAGAUGUUGGGAGUCUCCUUCCUCUCAUGUGUCCAAUAUGGGAACCUCAGGCAAAAAUGGAACUUUUUUUUUUUUUUUUUUACU